AUGCCGAAGGUCCAAAGUUAUGCGCCUGCCUGGCUAUGCCGGCCCUCGCCAGGCGCAAAGUUCUUGUCCAGUUCAACCCAAACACCAGAACAGGACCUGCAAGGCGGAUCCAAGUCUACUUCAGCCAACGGACCUACACGAACAAUCGCUAAGAGGGGAAAUGAGGUGUUCGCUGUGAUUGACAACCAGAUCCGGUGGUCAAACCUUGCCCGGCUCAAAGAUCAAUGGGAACAGCAGGCCAAGCAGAAGAAGGGAUCUGCUAGCCAGCCUGAAGUCAACAGUGACCGCUCUGAGGCCCCCGGAUAUAGGGUUCUCGCUGUGCCUGUUUAUGGAGUUAUCAAACAGAUCAUUCCCUCCCCCAAUGGUGCCUUUCUCGCGAUCAUCACCCCAGAGACGGUCAAUAUUGCCGUCCUACCUGACUCCUCCCACCUUUCCUCCUCCACCUUCGACUCCAUUCGCUUAAAGACUUACCAGUUGGGACCUACCACCCAUGUUCUUCCCGAAGCACCCGUGAUCUCUGCGCUAUGGCACCCACUGGGCCUCCACAGCAACUUGGGAGGAUGUCUUGUCACUGUGACGGCAGAUGCAGCGGUGCGUGUGUGGGAGUUGGACCGCAACAACCACUGGUCAUUCGACCAGCCGACACUGGCGAUCGACUUGAAGAAACUAGUUGACGGAACUUCUUGCGAUCAAGAUUUCGCGCCUUCUGGAUUCGGAAAGAAUAAGGGUUUCUCGGCCGAUUUCAUCGAUAUGGAGGUUGCAUCAGCCUGUUUUGCUGGCAGCGGAAGCGAGAAAGAGGAUGCAUGGGCACCCAUGACUCUGUGGGUAGCUAUGAAACCCGGUGACUUAUAUGCGCUGUGUCCUCUGUUGCCUUCCAAGUGGCAGGCUCCUCCCACCACCAUCCCCUCUCUUUCUGCGACGAUCGUCCCGAAGCUUGGGAUUCUAGAGCAGGAUCCUGAGGACUCAGACGAGGGACUGAUUGCCUGUCGACAGCAGUACGAUUGGUUGGCUGAAAUCGACGAGCAAGAAUCCUUCGCGUUACCUUCCAGCGCUGGAACUAUCCAAGGCGCAGAGGUUUUCACUCGUCCAGCCAACCCCAGUGCCAUCCCCAGGUUACAGGGACCAUUCCGUUUCGAAACUGGGGACGAGAUUGAUGAUUUGGAUCUCUGCGAUAUUCUAGUCAUUGCUGCCGGACUUAACGUCGAAGAUCUUAUGAUGGGCGAAGAAGAGGAGCUAGCAGUCGAGGCUACAGACCAAGAAAAGCUCUCGGCUACAGUUUUGUCCCUCACCAGCACCAAUGGCCGCGUCCACGUUUGCCUUGAGCUUGACGGCGUUGAGGGACAGUGGCUCCCGAAGGCCAAAAAGAACACCUUCCGAACACCUCUCUCAGAGCCUGCUGACCUGGUCUUGGUAGAAUCUCUAGAUACUGCCAAAAACCCUGCAGACUCAACUACCUGGCCCAUCUUCACCAAGGAUGUCCAUUCCCGAUACUCUUUCUUCGUCACGACCGCGAAUAACGUUGUAUACUUAUCUCUGUCCGGCUGGGUUCAGAGACUGGAAGCUGAACUGCAGGCUGAAGACACCGCGGGCUCCGCUUUCCGUCUUGAAGUCCUCUGUGAUGGAAACGUCACCAAGAGGGAGCGAAUCCUGCAGAUUUCCGACACUGAUAUCACCUCUCAAAAUGAGCACCUCGCUGGGUCUUUGAUUUUCAAUGACUUUGACCUCGGCUACAUGCUCCUCACAUACCACCCAUCCGGCCCUCAUGCAGCCAUAAUGAACUCGCCGGAAGACUCUCUUACUGUGGCGCUGGACAAGUCAAUCUAUGAGCAACGGGCACCAGCACCCAGUAUGCCGACUCCACCCCCAAGCCGAGUCCCAUACCAAGUCCCCGCUGUAUUCUACGCAGCCUCUCCGCUAGAUUCAUUCAUCGAGAAACACGUUCCGCACCGCCAGCGCCAUACGCUGAAGGAACAAGUUCGUUUGUCACCCGCAACCUUGGACCUCGUAGCCACUGCUCACCGUGUUCUGUCUGCGCACACCAAUGCUCUUGAGCGUGCUGCCUCAGACCUCUUCCGCCGAUGCGAACGGUUGCAGGGCGAGAUGAAGGACCAGCUGAAGCAACUUUCAGACGUCGCAGAGCGUGUCAAGGGAGUCACCAGCGAAAUUGGCGAGGAUGGACGUCGCAAAGAAGGAGUUCGGUCCGGUGAUGCCUUGGACAAGAGACUUCAAGCUGCCCAGGACAAGCAAAGCGAGCUCAACCGCCGAUAUGAGGCUCUGCGCUCGAAGGUGUUGAAUUCCGGUGGGCGCCCAUUGAGCGAGAAAGAGAAGUCCUGGGUCAGAGAAGUCAAGGCCUUGUCCGAUUCUUUGCGGCCUGACAACGAUCAAGAAGAAGACUCUCAACUCGUCCCACGAAUUGAAACUGUCAAACGCCUUGCAUUGGAUCUGAUGGCCCAAACCAAGUCCAUUUCGAGCAAAAUGCCCUCUCCCGACCCUAGCAGCCCGGCUUCUCCCAGUGGUCAGCCCAAGGUCCCGCAACGGUUGCAGCGGGCCAGGGUUGCUGACGCCAUGAGGAUGGUUGAGCGAGAGUCUGCUGUUAUUGACGCUAUUACUUCGCGCCUGGAACGUCUUAACACCAGCCUGUGA